GUAGAAUUUGUGGAUGAAGAACAAUGUGAUCGUAGGCUUACCAGUCACAUAAAUCUAAUUGACCUGGCUGGCAGUGAAUGCUGCUCAACAGCUCAGACCACUGGAGAAAGGCUGAAGGAGGGUGUGAGUAUCAAUAAAUCACUGUUAACCCUUGGAAAGGUUAUUUCUGCACUCUCUAAACAAUCUCAAAAUGGAAAGAAAACUUUCAUUCCUUACCGGGAAUCUGUCCUUACUUGGUUGUUAAAGGAAAGUCUUGGUGGAAAUUCACAAACUGCUAUGAUUGCCACAGUAAGUCCAGCUGCCAGCAGUACAGAAGAAACACUCAGCACUCUUCGCUAUGCAAAACAAGCUUGUUCAAUUAUCAACAUUGCUAAAGUAAAUGAAGAUGUGAAUGCCAAGUUAAUCAGAGAAUUGAAAGCUGAAAUUGAAAAACUCAAGGCAGCUCAGAAAAGCACUCUGAACACUGAUCCUGAAAAAUACAGACGUUAUUUGCAGGAAAUAACAUCUUUGAGGGUAAAAUUGCACCAGCAGGAGAGGGAUAUGGCAGAAAUGCAAAGGGCCUGGAAAGAAAAACUUGAACAAGCAGAAAAAAGGAAAUUAGAAGAUAUAAAAGAGUUGCAGAAAGCAGGGAUUGCAUUCAAAAUGGACAAUCAUUUACCAAACCUUGUCAAUCUCAAUGAAGAUCCUCAGCUUUCUGAGGUGCUGUUGUAUAUGAUCAAAGAAGGAGAAACUACAGUUGGAAGGUAUACACCAAAUUCGAAACAUGAUAUCCAGCUUUCCGGAGUGCUAAUUGCUGAUGACCAUUGUGUUAUAAAAAAUACUGUUGGCAAAGUGAGUAUUAUUCCACUGAGAGAAGCAAAGACAUAUGUAAAUGGAAAAUGCAUUGUAGACCCAACAGUUCUGCAUCAUGGUGAUCGAGUGAUCCUUGGGGGAGACCAUUAUUUCAGGUUUAAUCAUCCAGUAGAAGUUCAGAAAGUUAAAAUGCCGGUUUGUGGGACUACGUUUUUGCAUGAUGGUCCAAAAGAUUUUGAAUUUGCAAAGAAUGAGCUGCUUGUUGCACAGAGGACACAGCUUGAAUCAGAAAUUGAAGAGGCACGACUCAAAGCCAAGGAAGAAAUGAUGCAAAGUGUCCAAAUUGCGAAAGAGAUGGUUCAGCAAGAACUGACCUCACAAAAAGAAGCUUAUGAAAGCAAAAUAAAAUCACUGGAAGCAGAGGUGAGAGAAGAAUCUCAUAAGAAGCAAAUCCAAGAACUGAAUAACCAGAAAGCUGCAACUAAAAUACGUGAGCUAGAGAAGGCAAAGAAAAAUCUUGAGCUAGAACUACACUUCAAUAAGAAACGUUUAGAAAUGGAGACCUUAGCUACCAAGCAGGCUCUAGAAGAUCAUACUAUUCGUCACGCAAAGAUACUUGAAGCUCUGGAAGCUGAGAAACAGAAGAUUGCUGAAGAAAUAGACAACCUUCAGAAGAGUCGUGGAAGCGGGAAUAAAACUCUGCCUAUUCCACUUAACUGGAAUUCUCUGAAGCUAUCUGUGAUGAUCAAAGAGGCCAACACCAUUAGUAAUGAAUUAGGGAAAAACACUGUUUUCUACAGGCACGACAAAACUGAUGAUAAAACAGGAACAGUGUCUUCUGUACAGGUGCAGGUUCGUAACAUCAAACUGGGAAUAGCGACUUUCUGGAGCCUGGAGAAAUUUGAAUGCAAACUAGCAGCAAUGAAAGAACUCUAUGAGAGUAAUGAUAGUAAUAAAGCUGCUGAUGUAUUUUAUGAUCCUGCUGAUGAGUGGGAACCUGACCUUUCUGAUGCCUCUGUUUCCUCUCUUUCCAGAAGAAGAAGUAGAAGUUUCAUGAAGAACAAGAAAAUUUCUGGAUGUUUGUCUGAGAUAAAAUUGCAACCAAUGCAGAAUAUACAGACUUCCUAUAUAUCAGGUUCACAGAAUAAGUCCAGCAUAUGCCCAAGCUUUUCUGAACUGUUUCUUCCAGGAAUUUUCAAAGAAUCAAUAAGUUCAGCUUUAGAUGUACUGGAAGAGAAUCAUGAAGGAGGAAAGAGCAUAGCAGAUACUCUCCUAACUAAUUUGUUUAUAAUUUUCUCUGGAGUUUCUGCCAUUUCAAAAGCUUACGAACAGCAAGACGAAGAAUGUCAAGAAAACUUUUUCUCUCUUGAUCAUGCUGCUCAGUCCUACAGCAUCAGAAUUAUCUCUGCUUUUGACCGUCUUGUGGUUCUAACCAAGCUCUGGCUUAACAAUGUCCAGAAGUGCUCUGGAUCUAUAAAGGCUGAUGAAGAAAUAAAACAGGAAGUAAAGAACUUGGGUGGUUAUUUACAGUUACUAUUGCAGGGAUGUUCUUCAGAUAUAUCCUCCAUGGUAACAGAAGCAUGGGGCAGAGUAAACCAAACAGUAAAACGAACAAUGAAAUACAUAGGAUACUUGGCAGUAGUCACAAGAGCAGAUAUUUCCUUUUCUGAAGAGAACAACAUUCCUGCAACUAGUCUACAGGACUUUGUGCUUGCUAUUUAUGAUGGAGUAGACUCAGGGCUGGAGUUUCUCAUUAAUACUGUACAGGAAAAAGCACGAAUGGUGCAGAAAGAACUCGUGAAACAAUAUCCACAAAAUGAGAUUCAAAAUCGAGUAAAGGAUAAUGUUGUGGCAUUAGCCAGAUUCCUUGAAAAUAACGUCUCUUAUUGCAGAAAGAAAGAAAUAGAAUCUCAAUUACCAGAAGAAUCUCUAUAUCAGGAAAUAAAGAAAAGCACUAACAUCGCUGCGAAAUAUUUGGAAUUGGAGCAGUGCCUAGCUGAAGUCUGUCAUAUUGUUUCUUCUACAUUACAAGGGUCUUACAGAAACACAAGCCCUCUCAGGAGCUUUGCAGAAAAGAUUUGUGUCAUAGCUGGAUAUUUUAACAACUAUUUCAGUUUAUUUGCCUUGUCUUCUACUUCUGCAAACAAUCCUAUCCAGAAAAUACCCAUGCCUUUUAUGGACUUGGAUGAAUUGGACUCUCUGGUUGAUUCCCUUAUUUUGAAUUUUGAACUUGAACAAGGACAGCCAUCAUUGAAAUCUCAAACUCUUUGUAAUGAAACUACUGAGACUCGAGGAGGACAGGUUGAAACAGGUGACAUGGAAUUUGCUUGGAAAAGGAAGGGGAUUCCAAAACAUGCGCAUAAACUCCAGUCUUCACCUCCGUUUACUGCAGAGCUUUCACCUGGUAGGAUACAGUGGGUUUAA